AUGACAACUUCUACCACUGACAUGACAACAACUACUACUGACAUGACAACAACUACCACUGACAUGACAAUAACUACCUCUGACAUGACAACAACUACUACUGACAUGACAACAACUACCACUGACAUGACAAUAACUACCUCUGACAUGACAACAACUACCACUGACAUGACAACAACUACCACUGACAUGACAACAACUACCACCAACAUGACAACUUCUACCACUGACAUGACAACAACUGUCUCUGACAUGACAACAACUGCCACUGACUUGACAACAACUGCCACUGACAUGACAAGAACUACCACUAACAUAACAACAACUGCCUCUGACAUGACACCAACUACCACUGAAAUGACAACAACUACCCCUUACAUGACAACAACUACCCCUUACAUGACAACAACUACCCCUGACAUGACAACAACUACCCCUGACAUGACAACAACUACCCCUGACAUGACAACAACCGCCUCUGACAUGACAACAACUACCCCUGACAUGACAACAACUACCCCUGACAUGACAAAAACUACCCCUGACAUGACAACAACUAUCACUGACAUGACAACAAUCGCCUCUGACAUGGCAACAACUACCACUGACAUGACAACAACUACCACUGACAUGGCAACAACUACCACGAACAUGAAAACAACUACCCCUGACAUGACAACUGCCUCUGACAUGACACCAACUACCACUGACAUGACAACAAUUGCCUCUGUCAUGACAACAACUACCACGAACAUGACAAAAACUACCUCUGACAUGACACCAACUACCACUGACAUGCCACCAACUACCACCGACAUGACACCAACUACCACCGACAUUACAAUAACUACCACUGACAUAGCAACUGCCUCUGGUAUGAAACCAACUGUCUCUGACAUGACAACAACUGUCUCUGACAUGACUCCCAAUAAACACAAACAUCAAGAGACUUAA